GACCAUCAGACCAUCGAUAGUUAGAGACAGAGCAACACAGUGAACAGCGAUUAGCAGCAAUUUUACAAGAAUUACAACAAAAGGAAGCAGGUGUAUGUGAGAUUGGCCCUGCGAAAAGGAGAACGCCAGGCACAGCUUGCCCAUCAGAAGGAUCAGAAUAUGUUUGAUGACCCAGCCAUCACCACAGCUUCCUCUGAGGACACCAGCCAAGCCGUCUUUGCCAUUAAGACAGCUCCUUCUGAGGACUCCGUCUCAGUUUUUGAGACAGCUCCCCCUGAGGACAUCGUCCCAGACUUUAAAACAGCUCCAGCUAUAGAAAGAGCUCCAGCUGAAGCUCCAGCUGCUGCACUGUCAGACACUGUUAAAGCCAAAGCUGCAGAUGAGGAGUCGUCUACAUCUGUGGCUAAUGUGGAUGAUGUGCAGCUGGACGACAGCACAAAAGAUGCACCCACAUCUACACCAAGUGGGAAACGCUUGACCAUCUAUAUGCUGGAGUCUGCAGCACUAGACGAUCAGAUACAGAUGGCCUAUGACUACAUGCUUCCUCUGGUCGAGAAAAUCCACCCCUCUCUGGCCAGUAAGAUCACAUGGAUGCUAAUAGAGGGAGAGAACAACUUUGAAAUCAUGAAUAUGAUUAGUGUUCCUGAGCUCCUGCGUGCCAGGGUACAUGAAAUGGACUCCCUACUGAAGGCACGAGAAUCUGGUCACAAGCCGGAAACCCUGAAGAUGAUGUACAGACACAAGACCAGCAGAAACAGAAAGAAGAAAAAUAAUAAGAAUAAGUGAACUAUCUAAUAAACAAUGAUUGUAAAUAUUCUACCAUUUGAAUAAAAAAUAAAUCAUUUUAUUAAAUUCUGUUAUUAUUUAUUUACGAGCCAAAAGUGUUCAAAUAUCAUUAUUUAAUUAUCUAAUAAGUUAGAAUCUUAGAAGGAAAUAAAAAAACACACAUAGCUAAAAGAACCCUAAUAUUUUAGUAAUAUUCAUAUUUUCCUGAAGACAACAACACACAAAUGGCCUGCAGUGAUAAGAAGAUAAGAAGUUAGAUAAAGAACGAAGGUUCCGCUGUUGCAGGGAUUUUAGUGUU